UGAAAUUCCAAGAGUUAAAACUUUAUGUUACCAUGAAUCAAUGAAAGUUUCAUAAAUCAAGCUAUGUUUAUUUAGCAGUUUAUUUAAUAAAUGACUUUGUAGAACAACUAUCAACUAUUUCAGUUUUGAAACAUUUUAACUGCAUUGAUAAACGCCAUGGAAAUUAUAACACCACAAGAGAUGGGUAAAAAGAAAAUUAAUGAAACUAUAGAACUUUUUGAAAGUACAUAUGAAAUUGUGCAACCUCAACCAAAUGAAGAGAAAUUACUAGCUUACAUUUUAGGGGAUAAUUUUAAAGAACUUCAAACAACAGCGGCUAACGCAGUAGGAAAACAAUUAGAAAACUUUGUAAAAGGGUCCUUGAACAUGACCAUAUUACCAGUAAACAAUGUUAAAGCAAUUAAUGAUUGGUUAGGAGCAGCAAUCUUAACAACGACUGCUAUUUACGAGUUAGGAUUGGGUAUUCAUAACUACUUGAAAAUAGAAGAAAAGAAAAGAAUACGGGAAGAGAGGUUUAAAAACCAAGCAAACAAGUUGAGAAAAGAGCUAAUUGAAAUGAUGAUAGACGAAAAUUUGGAUGAAGUAAAAGAAGACAAACAAAACCUAAUUGAAAUGACUAAAUACAGCUCAAGUAAAGUAGACAACAUAAAUGAAAAUAGGAAGGAAUUAGAGAUACAAAACGAAAAGCAAACAAGAAAAGAAAUGAAUUUUCGAAGAGCAACUCAAGUAUAUCUUGCGCGUUACUAUGCAACCUACUUUAUAGAUGAAAUCUCUUAUGGUAACAAAACAAUGGAAAAUAAAAAAGACGGAAAAACAACUGAUACAAACAUACGUUUGUAUACUUCAAUCGAAAACUAUAAAGAGUACUUUACUUCUCAGGGAAAACUAUCUGAAAAAAUUGAUAAACAUAGAUCAAAACUAGUUGAGUUGAAAAUCGAUAACAUUAUCCCAGAUCCUAAAUACUCGUGCUUUGGAUCUCGUGAUUACUCUGAUUAUGUGGAAUAUAUUGUUAAUAAAAAUUAUUUGGACUUUGUUAAGCAAGAAAAUCAAGAAGAGUUUGCGUUAAAGUAUAAAUUAUAUAGAGCAUAUAUGAAACAAGGAGAGUUCGAUAAACAAAGUUGUUUUGGCGAUCGAAAUGAAGUAAAAAGAGCUCUAUUGUGUACCCUUUUUGUAGGAUUUGGCAUAAUUCCAGGAAUAUUAUAUAGUGUCAGCAGAAUAACAAGCGAAAUUAAAUGGAAAAAGAAUAAGCCAAGGUUAAGAGAAAUUAUGAGAACGUAUUUGAAAGUUGAAACAAGAAUAAAUGAUAUAAUUGGGAAAAAGUAUGCAAUCGAAAAAUUAAAAUACUACAAUGAUUUAACAAAAUCAAAAUAUGGAAUUUAUUUACUAGAAAAAAAUCUGGAAGAAUUAAGCUAUGAGUUUAAAAAUAAAGAGUGUGAAAAGAGUUUUGACAUUGCUUUUGAUCUAUUUCAAAAAAUGAGUUAUACAGGUAUUGCUGAUCGAUUUAAUUACGUGCAUUUUAAUAUUGAAUAUAAAAAGUAAUUACCAUCUAUGGUAAUAAACCACAUUUGAAAA